AUGGAAUUAAAGAAUGAGCGAAAUGCCUCGAUAAAGAUGGUGCCAUGUCUGUUGAUUCUGUGCAUGGCGUGGAUGGUGGGCGGCGACCCGUCCUAUGACUCGGAGGUGUUGCCGUAUGAGUUGAGCUCGGACGACGGUUUCCCCCAAGAGGGGUGUCUAACCUCCGCGGGGUCGGGGGACCUGUCCAUGGACUGCACGCUGCCGAGCGGCAAGGCCUCUGUGACGAUCAACAAGGCGGCCACAGCCCUGACCCUGUCCUAUGAAAUGAAAAGUGGUCCUUUAGUGUGUGACGAGCUUCAACAAACCAAACCUGUUAUACAAAAUUACACUAAUACAAGAGAUAGAGCAAACGUACGGAUGAAGUUCUUCACUAUUAAGUAUGUGAUAUUGUCGAACGAGAGUCUCGCGUGCCCUUUGGCGUUGCUAGGGACCGACCAGACCGAGACAUUGACCCUAAAUGCCCUAAAAGGACAAUUGAGGCCCUCACAUCUAGAGGGCAUUAGAGGAGUCAAACAGCUGUAUAUAAUGAAUAUUGAUUCAAAUAUAACUUCGGUGCCGUACGAGGCCAUGGCGCACUUCGAGUCGCUGGAGAGGGCGACUCUGACCGGCGGAGCUUUUGUCUUGAAACAAGAAGACACAAUAUUGCCAAAGUUGAAAGUUCUAGAACUUUCGAGAGGCAAAUUAAACGCGAUUCCGAAACGCGCGUUUAAAAACACGCCCGAGCUGCAAAUGCUGCUGCUGUUCUCAAAUGAAAUCGAGUACGUGGAUGUCGAUGCUUUUGAAGGCCUCACCCAGCUGAGGAACUUGAGCCUCAACUCGAACCGUAUCUCGGUGCUGCCGGCGCGGGCGCUGGGCGCGGCGCCGCGCCUGCGCCGCGCGGACCUCUACGACAACAGCAUCCGGGAGCUGGGCGAGGGCGUGUUCUGGGGGCUGGACGAGCUCGCCAUGGUGGUGUUGUUCAACAACAGGGUCCAACUGACUCUAUACAAUAGAACGUUCGCGAACCUCCCCUCCCUCACGGAAUUGAAACUCGAAGGCAACUCGAUCGAAACUCUCCCGGGCGACUUGCUAUCGAACAGCACCAGCUUGAAGAAGCUGUACCUGCAACGCAACCAGCUCGCGUCGCUGCCGCGGCUCCUGUUCUCUGGUCUUCGGUUAAGAGAACUGGAUUUGUCUUCGAAUAACCUGACGUUCCUGUGGGAGGAGCAGUUGAGAGAUCAGGACCAGCUGGAGAGUCUACAAUUGCAGAAGAAUGCCUUAGAACACUUGCCCAGUGUCCUGUUCGAAGACACAGCUAACUUGAAAGUCUUGGAUUUGAAACACAAUAAUAUUAGCAGCUUGCGCGGGGGCGUUUUCAACAAACUCAGCCAGCUAGAGCAGCUCUAUCUCGAUUGGAACCGCAUCAGCGAGUUGAAGAACGUGUUCGAUGGGCUGGUCAAGUUGGAGGUCCUGUCCCUCUCGCACAACAACAUCACAAUCUCCAAGCACCAGAACACCCUCGCAGUCAAAGACCUGGAAAAGCAUACCGUGUAUCAGGGUGCGGGGCCGGAGCCCUACGUGGAGAGGUUCUCCCCCUUCAGCGGGCUGCCGCGGCUGCGCACGCUGCGGCUGGCGCACAACGCGGUGGCGCUGCUCUGCGACGACUGGCGGCAAAAGUUCCACCUGCAAGUGCUGGACCUGUCGCAUAACAAUAUCACCUCCGUCUCGGACACGGACUCGUACUUCCAAAACAGCGUGAAGGUCGACCUGUCCCACAACGACAUACACACGUUCGACCCCCACUUGUACUACGAUAUGCAAACCCUCCCCACGCUCAUCCUCUCCAAAAACCCCUUCCGCUGCUCCUGCUCCCUCUACCCCUUUCUAAACAAAUACAAAUCACCCCACAAAAAUUUUACCCUACCCAUCCUAGAUCUGGACGGAGCCAAAUGCGCUUCACCCUCUCCCUUAAAGGAUGUGAAGCUAACAGACCUACAGUUAGACUCGCUGACUUGCCAGUUCCCCUGUCCGAGUGAAUGCGACUCGUGUCUCAAAAGACCGAAUAAAUUACAAGUAGAGUUGACAUGUAACAAAAUACCCCGAAAUUUGACAGAUUUGCCCAAUUAUUUCGUCUCGUACUCGUUGAAACUCACAAACGUGUCAACUUCAGACCGUUUAACUUUGGACCUACCCCGAACUGUCAGGUUCGUUGAUCUGUCAAAUUUGAAUCUGACAGCUCCGCCGGUGGCGACCUCUGUGACUGUCGACCUCAGGAACAACAGCCUAAGCUCGAUUCCCGUGAGAUUGAUAGAGAACAACUGCUCCCUGUACCUAGGAAACAAUCCCAUCGAGUGCGUGUGCGAGAAUCAAAUCGAUCUAAUGACAUUAAUGAAACACAACAAAUCGAUAUUGGAUUUCCGAACUAUAAAGUGCACAGAUAAUCGAUUGAUCAAGGAUAUCGAUUUAGUUUAUUUAUGCUACAAUCGAGAUUUGGCGGUCACUAUCGUGCUGCUAUUGGUCUCUAUCAGCUUAAUGCUAGCAAUAUGUCUCAUCAUCUACAAGAACUGGAUUCUCAUCCGCAUUGAGCUGGACAAAUUACGUAUCUGGCCCUACAAACACACAAAGAACACGGAAAAUUCCAGCGACAUAUUCCUCUCCUACGCGCAUCAGGAUGAGCUAUUCGUGCUAUCCCGCGUGAUUCCGGAACUGGAGAAGCCCCCGGGAUCGCUGCGUCUCUGUGUGGCGUCCCGGGAUUGGAGGUUGGGUGACACCAUUACAGAACAGAUACAACGCUCUAUACGCAACUCCUCCGUAGUCCUAGCUCUUCUGUCUCGCUCUUACCUGGACUCCGCCUGGUGUCGGAUGGAGUUCCGUCUCGCUCACACACAAGGGAAGGUUCUAGUCCUAAUGAUGGAGGAUUUUGACGAGAAACAUAAAGAAUUAACGCCGGAUAUGAAAGCAUAUAUAACCUCAAGGACAUACAUAAAAGAGUCUCACCCACUUUUGUUCGAGAAGAUUCGAGAAGCGUUCGCGAAGAGGCAGUCGAAAGAGAAGGACGGCAAAUUGAAACCGACCGGCAUCGACACGCAGUUGGAUGUUAAUGGUAUGAUUUUCAAUAACGCCCUCACAGCGCCCCCUGCU